CGUUAGAUUCUUGUUGUUCCGUUUCCAGUUUCAGUUUAGCAAACAGAAACCGGAAGCGGAAGACGGUCAAGAAGGCGGAAGUGACCUACAUCACAUGAUCGAUCAUCAGACAGAUCAAUCAAGAUGGCUGGAGGUAUGGAAAGAACACGUGCACUCCCUAAGAUUAGGGAUGCCGAGAAGGAAUCAAUGUUUGGUUAUGUGUAUGCUGUAUCUGGACCUGUGGUAACUGCACAGAAUAUGUCUGGUUCAGCUAUGUACGAGCUGGUGCGUGUCGGACAUACAGAACUGGUAGGAGAGAUUAUUCGACUGGAGGGAGACAUGGCGACCAUCCAGGUGUAUGAAGAUACUUCUGGUGUCACUGUUGGGGAUCCUGUAUUGAGGACUGGAAAACCUCUCUCUGUUGAAUUAGGACCUGGUAUUAUGGGCAGUAUCUUUGAUGGUAUUCAGAGACCACUAGAGGAUAUUUGCUCACUGACACAGAGCAUUUACAUUCCUCGAGGAAUAAACACACCCGCUUUAGAUAGGUCUAAACAAUGGGAGUUUGAAUCUUUUGGAAGUAUAAGGGUAGGAAGUCAUGUGACAGGCGGGGAUAUUUAUGGAGUCGUGUAUGAGAACAUUCUGGUCAAACAUAAGUUGAUGGUGCCACCAAAAGCUCGUGGUACAGUGACCUAUAUAGCAGAUCCUGGCACUUACGAUAUUAAUGAUGUGAUACUGGAGACAGAAUUUUAUGGUCAGAAAUCGAAGUUUACUAUGUUACAAGUAUGGCCUGUACGUGAGAUGAGACCAACAGCUGAUAAAUUAGCAGGAAACCAUCCACUGCUCACUGGACAGAGAGUGCUUGAUGCCCUCUUCCCGUGUGUACAAGGAGGUACCACUGCUAUUCCAGGAGCUUUUGGUUGUGGUAAAACUGUGAUCUCCCAGUCCCUGUCCAAAUAUUCUAACAGUGACGUUAUUAUCUAUGUCGGUUGCGGAGAAAGAGGAAAUGAAAUGUCUGAAGUAUUGAGAGAUUUUCCAGAGCUAACUAUGGAAGUAGAAGGUAAACCAGAGAGUAUUAUGAAGAGAACAGCCCUUGUAGCAAACACAUCUAACAUGCCUGUAGCUGCCAGAGAAGCCUCUAUCUACACGGGUAUUACACUGUCCGAGUAUUUCCGUGACAUGGGUUACAAUGUUUCCAUGAUGGCUGAUUCUACAUCAAGAUGGGCUGAAGCCUUGAGAGAAAUCUCCGGACGUCUUGCUGAAAUGCCUGCUGAUUCUGGUUACCCAGCUUACCUUGGUGCUAGAUUAGCCUCCUUCUACGAGAGAGCUGGAAGAGUGAAAUGUCUCGGCAACCCAGCUCGUGAAGGCUCUGUCAGUAUUGUAGGAGCUGUAUCACCACCAGGUGGAGAUUUCUCAGAUCCUGUGACAGCUGCCACUUUGGGUAUCGUACAGGUGUUUUGGGGUCUCGACAAAAAAUUGGCUCAGAGAAAACAUUUCCCAUCCAUCAACUGGCUGAUCAGUUACAGUAAUUAUAUGAGAGCACUUGAUGAAUUCUAUGACAAAAACUUCAGCGAAUUUGUGCCACUUAGAACAAAGACUCGUGAAAUCUUACAGGAAGAGGAGGAUCUGUCAGAAAUUGUACAGCUUGUCGGCAAGGGUUCUCUUGCAGAAUCAGACAAGAUUAUUUUAGAAGUUGCCAAGCUGAUCAAAGACGAUUUCUUACAACAGAACGGGUACACACCAUAUGACAGAUUUUGUCCGUUUUAUAAGACCGUUGGAAUGUUGAAAAAUAUGAUAUCAUUUUAUGAUAUGGCACGUCAUGCAGUAGAAAGCACAGCGCAGAGCGAGAACAAAAUUACAUGGGCAAUUAUACGAGACCAAAUGGGAGAGGUCCUGUACAAGCUUAGCAGUAUGAAGUUCAAGGAUCCAGUGAAGGAUGGAGAAAAGAAAAUACGGCAAGAUUUUGAUGAACUGUAUGAAGAGAUGCAGACAGGAUUUAGAAAUCUAGAAGAUUAAUCCUGAUACAACAACAGAAAUUAGUGUUCAAUCAUUCAAUUAGGAUCAUUGUUCCAAUUACCAGUGAUCUGUGCUGUUAAUCUGGAUCUAAUCAUGGACAACUUUGUCUCAGAGUCAGAUGUAUAUGGUGCAAAAAGAAUAUUGAAAAGCAAAAGAUAAAAGAUAAUGUUAAUUUUUAACCAGACAUAUUUUUAACAUGAGGUAGUUUGAGAAUUUUUUUUAUCAAAUCAGAUAUACAAUUUCAGUUGGUGUUAUUAUAUGGACAGGGUACUGUCUGUUAAGUAUUUGAAAAGUACUUUAUUUGUAAUUGAGGCCAAAAUAUUGUAUAAUCUUAUUGCAUUGAAGAUAGUUUAAACUGUAUUGUAUAGACAGGCCAAUGUUUUUACAUGGAAUAUGCUGAAGAAUCCUGUCAGAAGCAUUUAAUAGAAAUAAAAAUGAUAUUGGUGUUUGUUUUAAGAAAAGAACCAGAAAAUAUUAGGAGUGAUACGCUGUGAUAGAACUGACUUGAGUAUGUUUGUACACCUCGUAUUUUGUCCAUUUUAACAGUACCUUUAUUCAUUUCAUGUGAGCCAUAGAACAUUGGAAUAUUGUUAAGUAAUUUUCCAUAGAUUUGAAAUCCCUGUAUUUUUGUCAUUUAAUUAGGUGUCAUACAUUUGUUCAUUUUUGAGAAGUAAUAUUUUGAAAGGAAACUCAUUCCUUUGAUUUUUUCCAGCUGUUGACAGAUUUUUACGUCAUUUUUUUAUUCCAUCAAUUAUAAGAUGGUACCAUGUUACUGUGGCUCGGCUCAUAUCAUCACAUUAUGCACAAGAAGUCAUGAACAUUCCUGUGCUGCAGUAUAGAUGUUUUUACCUGGUAGUGCUAGCUCUUGUUGUUGUUGUUAGAAUCUAUUAUGCCAGUUUAUUUAAUAUUUGUUACUACUUUAGGACUUCUGUAUAUCAUGAUAAAAAUGAAGUGUCGAUUUAAUUGCUACAUUUCGUAGUAUCCACCAAGUCAAAAACUACUGCAUACUGACUUCAUCUACUUUGAGAAGUCAGGGGAGCUACAAAGGGUCAUCAUAGGACUCUUGUUUUAAAUCUUUCCAUUCUAGUCAAAAUGCAGCUUUAUUCAGGUUUAAGGAAUUGUAUAUCUAAAAGUUGUGUGGACCAUUCAUUGUUUUAUCAAAAGGAAAAAGCUGUUUCAUAUUCUGUGCUAACCAUUUUAGAUGUCUUUUGAAAACAAAUGUUGUAUUAAGGUCAUAUGUUGAAUGUUUUCUGUGAUAUAUAAGCAUUGCUGAUCUAUAUUUACUGCCGUGUCAGUACAGGUGAGGUGUAUGUUCCUGUAUGAAUGGCUUGACAGAUACCUAGAUGUGCUACAUUGUUAUAGAAAUUUUGUCUUUAAGACUUAUUUUUCAUCAGAAUUCUUCUUCUUUAUGAUAUAGUCUCCAAACCUAGAUAGUCGACAAGCACAGAUCUCUCAAGGCAUUUAGUUUAGUUUUGUUCAAGAUCAAAUUUAAUCAAGAGAAUUUACACAUAUACAAUUGUAUAACUUGUAUGAUUGAUCACCCCAAAUACACAUACAUGUACAGCGGUGAACUGAUUGAAGAACCACAGUUAUUAAGAGUUCUGAUUCUUUGUAAAUUGAUAUGUGAAACUGUUUUUUGUGGGUUUUUGGGCAUUGUUUCAGUCCCAUUGGACACAAGAAUCAGGUCUUGCUUCAAAUAACUGUCUUUUUGCACAUUAUAGGAAUAAAUGCAAAAUUAUGUAACUGCAUUUUUUAAUAAUGAAAUAUAAGAUCCAACUGAAAAAAAAAAGUAAAUGUGUAUAAAAUUGUAUAAAAGUAUAUUUAUUGUGUUUAAUAACAUUGUAGAAGUUGUAUAACUUGGUAUUCACCAUGACAACUGUGCAUCUUGAAAUUUUCUUUAUGUUUUUUUAAAGCAGUUUGCCUCCAGGUACAUGUUGUUUUUAUUUGUGAAAUGAGUGUGAUUCAUUGAGUUUUUGCAUUUAUUAAUUUUUUAAAGAAAAUCUUUUAUAUUGUUUGUAUAAAUUCUACAAAAAAGCUUUCUGUCACUUCAGUGUGUGGUCACAAAUUGUCAAACAAUUUAAUGGUACUCUUCAUCAAAAACAUCUACUAAAUAGAUAUCCAUAGGUGAAUUUUAAUAGUUUAUAGUGGUCUGUAUUUUCUAACAACCUGGAAGCAUAUUGAUUUAAAAAUACAUAUUUUUAUAUAUUAAAAUGUGUUGUGUAUACUAGUAUAUGCUGUGUUAAUGAGUGGACAAGUUGAUUAGGGUGUAAUAAGGGAAUUUUAUCACAGGAAAAAACUACAUGCAAUAAAAAUUUAUGUGAAAGGGUACUUGUAAAUGUAUGAGUUAUUGUUGAUGUAUUUAUUCUUGAUUUUAGUGUUUAAAAACAAUCUUAGGAUAAUUACAGAGGACAUUUUAUUUAGUUAUAUGUAUUCAGGUGAAGUAUCUUUUGAAUAGAUUGUCGAGUUUCAAGUAAAUUGAGUUUGUACAUGUUUAUGGCUUGUUUACUAUGAAGGAUUGAAAGCUGUUACUGUUUUAUACCACUGUAAAAAUUUUGUGCAUUAUUAGUCAGUUUAUGCAAAGUGUAAAAGACGUGAUGUCAGUUUGUUCACAAAUUCUGUGUAGUGAAAUCCAGACAUGUGGAGAAUAUCAUUGGACAACAUUAACUUUUUAGAUACAUCCCAGGGCAUUGAAAAUAUAUAUAAUGUUUGUAUGUCAUAUAUUUACAGUUCAAUAGCAUUUUUUUUUCAAUAAAGUAAAUACAGUUUUGAUUUUAUGAUGAAUCAACCUGCAAAGAUGAAGCAUUUAACAGGUCAUAACACUUAUUUUAAUGUGUCACAUAAUCCUAUCGGACACAGUCUUUCACGAGAUGUUGUCGAACACCAAGGGUGUUCAAAACCUUGCUGUGGUUGUAGAAUUCUUCAUGUGAGGAAGCCAUCCAGGCAGCUUACAGAAGAUGAGUGGUUCUACCCUAUGCCUGAAAAAUGCGAUUACUUUACUACUUUAGAAUAUCAUUCGAUGUAAGCUUGCUUUUUUUUCAAAAUACACAUCUUUGAGUAUUGAAAUAAGUGUUACUUAAGACUUGGUAUAAUUAUGUAUCUUGUGGAGUAGUGUUCAUUUCGCUGCUCUUGGGUGUAUUUAGUUUACAUGUUUAUAGAGAUCAGGCUGUUGUCACAUUCCAGUUUUGUACUUAAAAUCUGUACAUGUGUAUAUAGAUAUGAAAUGUGUAUGUGUACAGAAUAAUAUAUACAAGAUUAAAAAAAGUGUCAAACUAUAAA